ACAGUAUCUGCUGGGUUGCCAGGCAUUUCGCCCUCCUCCUUCAAUCAUCGCUCUCCCUCCGCCCCGAACUCAUAUCUCAGACCAGUCCCCCCCCUUGGUUCCUCUGUCCGGGCUUCCUAAUAUCAUCCCCGCUCCAAAAUGGCUGAUCUUGGGGCUGUUGCGCAGCUCCUCGACGCAAGCUUGGAUCCCAGGCAACACAAGCAAGCUGAGAUUGCUAUCCGCCAGGAAGAAAAAAAACCGGGCUUCUCGUUGCAGCUUCUUCAGAUCACCGCCUCCGCUUCCUACCCCUACAACACUCGUCUUGCGAGCGCGCUGUUCUUCAAGAACUUCAUCAAGAGAAACUGGACUGAUGAAGAUGGAAAUUACAAACUUCAGCCGGAGGAGGUUACGACCAUCAAGCUGGAGCUCAUCAGCCUGAUGAUUUCUGUCCCUGCGGGCAUUCAGACUCAGCUGGGUGAGGCUGUCAGUGUCAUCGCCGACAGUGAUUUCUGGCAGCGGUGGGACACACUUGUGGAUGAUCUCGUCUCCAGACUCCAACCGAAGAACCCUGCUGUCAACAACGGUGUCCUACAAGUUGCGCACUCAAUCUUUAAGAGGUGGAGGCCCCUUUUCCGGUCGGAUGAGCUGUACAGCGAAAUCAACCACGUCCUUGAAAGAUUCGGUACCCCCUUCUUGGCGCUUUUCGAGGGAUUGGACGCCUAUCUUGAGGAGAACAAAUCAAACAAAGAGAAUCUCAUCCAGGGAUUCACCCAGCUCAACUUGAUGGUCAAGUUGAUGUAUGACCUUUCUUGCCACGACCUUCCUCCCAUGUUCGAGGAAAACAUUUCAGGGAUAGCUUCACUUUUACUUAAGUAUCUGACUUACGACAACCAACUGUUGCACACCGAUGACGAAACCGAAGCGGGACAAUUGGAGUUCGCCCGGGCGGGGAUCUUCCAAGUGUUGACAUUGUACGUCCAGAAGUAUAUGGACGAGUUCCAGGCACACGUUGGACAAUUUGUGGAGAGCUCGUGGAGUUUCUUGACAACCAUUAGCCAGGAGACCAAGUACGAUAUUCUUGUUAGCAAGGCCCUGCAGUUCUUGACUUCAAUUGCGGGCAUGACGGAACACGCGCUUGUCUUCCAAGCCGAAGGCACGCUUGGUCAGAUCAUCGAAAAGGUUAUUCUGCCCAACGUCAGCCUGCGCGAGUCCGACGAGGAGCUUUUUGAGGAUGAGCCGAUCGAGUUUAUUCGCCGCGAUCUUGAAGGUUCGGAUAGCGACACUAGGCGGCGCGCCGCCACCGACUUCCUCAGGCGUCUGGCCGAGAGGUUUGAGGAGUCUGUGACGGGAGUUGUCCUCAGAUACACCGAGCACUACCUUGCCGAGUAUGCGAAGGAUCCCGCUUCCAACUGGAAGGCUAAGGACACUGCCACUUAUCUCUUCUCUGCAAUUGCGGCGAAGGGAACUGCCACCGCUAGCCACGGUGUCACUGCUACAAACAAGUUGAUUAGCAUCACGGAUUUCUUCCAGAAGCAUCUUGCCGCGGACUUGGUCACUGACGAUGGUGUGCACCCCAUCCUCAAGGUGGACGCCAUCAAGUACCUCUACCUGUUCCGGAGCAUCAUUACCAAGGAACAGUGGCAGGAGGUGCUUCCUAUGCUGGUCAAGCACCUUGGGUCCUCCAACUAUGUUGUCUACAGCUAUGCGGCUAUCGCCGUUGAGCGUGUGCUGUACCUUACCGAUAGCCAGAGCCAACCGGUCGUCGCUCCCAGCACAAUCACACCGCUAGCCAAGGAUCUGUUGGAACACAUUUUCUCCUUGAUCGAGAAGGACCCGGCCCCUCAGAAGGUACAGGAGAACGAGUUCCUGAUGAGAUGCGCUAUGAGAGUCCUGAUCGUCAUCAAGGAGGGUGUGAUUCCGCACACCGACAGUGUCCUGCAGCACCUGAUCACUAUCACCAGAGUCAUUAGCAGCAACCCAAGCAACCCUAGAUUCUACUACUUCCACUUCGAGGCUUUGGGAGCGUUUAUCCGAUUUGCUGCGCCUGCCAAUCCCGACAAAUUGGAGCAAGCUCUUUACCCUCCCUUCGCGGAAAUCCUCCAGGGAGACGUGCAAGAAUUCAUGCCUUACAUCUUCCAGUUGUUUGCUGCUCUUCUUGAGGCCAACCCCUCGGGGUCAUUGCCCGACUACUAUCAGAAUUUGAUUGCCCCGAUCCUCAUGCCCGUCAUGUGGGAAUCGAAGGGAAACAUCCCUGCGCUUGUGCGGCUCCUGUCGGGAAUCAUUCCCCGCGGCUCUCAAUAUAUCAUCCAAAACGAGCAGAUUGGCCCUAUCCUUGGUAUCUUCCAGAAGUUGCUCUCCACAAAGGCCAACGAGGGCUAUGGAUUUGACCUUCUGGAAGCGGUGGUUACGGGCUUCCCAUCGGCGUUGCUUGAACAAUACUUUGUUUCGAUCAUGCAGAUCAUUCUUACUCGCCUGCAGAACUCCAAGACCGAAACCCUCACCCUUCGCUUUGUCCGUUUCUUCCACUUCGUUUCUGCGCAAGACGAGAAGGGAUACAGCGCGGACUUUGUUAUUCAAGUGACGGAUAAGGUCCAAGAAGGACUUUUCACUCCUAUCUACCUCAACAUCAUCCUUCCCGAAACGCAGAAGCUUGCUCGCCCGUUGGACCGCAAGACGGCUGUCCUGUCGUUCACGAAGACGCUUGCCAACUCGGACGCCUUUGCGAACCGCUACAAGAAGGGCUGGGGCUUCACCUGCGAGGCUCUUCUCAAGCUUCUGGAGCUUCCUCCUCUCCCCGCCAGCAAGGAUGAUCUCAUCGCCGAGCAGGAUGUCGAGGAUAUGGCAUUCGGAGUUGGUUUCACGGCGCUUAACACCGUGCGUCCUGUGACCAAGGACCCGUGGCCGGAGACCGGAGCCGACCUUAAGAUCUGGACCGGUGCGUACUUGAAGGAGGCGGACAAGAAGUAUAACGGACGGAUUUCUGGAUUCGUGCAAGAGCGUCUCGAGGCCCAGGCCAAGACUGUGCUGCUCAGUUACAUCGGAUGAGCAUCUAUCAGGCCACUUGCAUAAAUCGUCUGGAGCAGAUAUAAUUGCCAUGUCCAAACGUUGAUAUCCUUGGACUGUCCGCAUUUCUAAAAAAAAAGAAAGAAAGAAAGGGUUCACGAAACGGACGAAUUGUCCAACGGAUUAAAAUUCCCCACUGCAUGUUAUAAUGAAUAAAGUUAGAUGAU